GCGCGGCGCUGACAGGGCGGGCCGAAAGGCGGCGGGCCGAAAGGCGGCGGGAGGGCGGGGGCAAGGGGCGGUGCUGACCUCCCGCCCCGCCGCCCGGUCAUGGCAGCCUGCGCCUUCCGGAGGAGCAUCGCCAGCCAGCUUUCCAAAGUUUUGGAUCUGCCGCCAGAAAAACUAAUAAAGUCCAUAUCUGCAGUUCCUGUCUCCAAAAAACGGCAUGUUGCUGAUUUCCAGCUUUCUGUUGCUUCUGUUCUAGAAAACCAUUCUGGUGAUUGCUUAGCACAAGAUCUUCAGCUUCAAGCUCAGAAGCUAGCCGAGAAGCUAAAAUGUGAUGCUGUAGUGAGUGAAAUCAGCACCGGUCCAGGAACAGUGAACUUUACGAUAAACAGGGAAUUACUGGCAAAGGUGAGUACAAUAUUUCAGAUACCUGUGCUGCAGCAGGUGUUGAAAGAUGGCUCACAAUAUGGAAUAAAAAGUGAACUUUUCUCGAUGGUGCCUAGACAAAAGGCAGUGAUUGAGUUCAGCUCCCCUAAUAUUGCCAAAAAGUUUCACAUAGGACACUUGCGUUCCACAAUAAUAGGGAAUUUUAUAGCAAAUCUCAAAGCUGCACUGGGACAUGAAGUAACAAGAAUAAAUUACCUUGGUGACUGGGGCAUGCAGUUUGGUUUACUGGGUGUUGGUUUCCAACAGUUCGGCGAUAAAGAGAAGCUAAAAUCCAGUCCUUUACAGCACCUUUUCGAGGUGUAUGUGCAGAUUAACAAAGCAGCAGAAGAUGAAAACAUUAAAAAGCUGGCUGCAGAUUUCUUUAGAAAACUGGAGGAACAUGAUGAGCAGACGUUGUCACUUUGGAAACAAUUUAGGGGCUUCAGCAUUGAAGAAUACAUCCGAAUUUAUAAGCGCCUAGGAGUCCACUUUGAUGAGUAUUCUGGUGAAUCAUUUUAUCAGGAGAAAUCCCAGGAAGUUCUGAGGAUGUUGGAGGAUAAAGGACUCCUUCAGAAAACAAUAAAAGGGACAGGAGUUGUGGAUCUUUCAGAAAAAAAAGACCUCUCGUUGUAUUCCACGGUCAUGCGUAGUGAUGGGACAUCUCUUUAUAUAACAAGAGAUCUUGCUGCUGCUAUAGACCGAAUGAAGAAGCAUAGCUGCGAUACUAUGAUUUAUGUGACAGAUAAAAGUCAAAGUAGUCACUUCCAACAUUUGUUCCAAAUACUGAAGCUCAUGGGCUAUGACUGGGCUGAAAGGUGCCAGCAUGUGUCCUUUGGGCUAGUUCAAGGGAUGAAGACGCGGAGAGGAGAAGUUGUCUUCCUGGAAGAUGUUUUAGAUGAAGUUCGUUCGAGGAUGUUACAAAACAUGGCUUCUGCAAAAACAACCAAAGAGGUAGAAGACCCUAUGGAGACAGCAGAGAAAGUUGGUCUUGCGGCACUAAUAAUUCAGGACUUCCGAGGCCUUCUGUCAUCUGAUUAUCAGUUCAGCUGGGAUCGAGCUCUUCAAAGUCGUGGAGAUACAGGCGUAUUCUUGCAGUACACCCAUGCCAGACUCCACAGUUUAGAACAGAUGCAUGGGAAUGAGCAGCUAACUGACGUUAAUGCGUCGUGCUUGCAAGAGCCAGAUGCCAUCUCUGUUCUUCAGCAUCUUCUCAGGUAUGAUGAGGUCCUGUAUAGAUCUUCUCAGGAUCUGCAACCCAAGCACAUAGUCAGCUACCUCCUCACGCUUUGCCAUCUUGCAGCCGUGGCGCAUAAAACCCUUCCCGUGAAAGGCAGCGCACCUGAACUCGCCCAGGCCAGGCUGUGUCUCUUCCGAGCGGCGCGCUCCGUUCUAGGCAGCGGGAUGCAACUCCUCGGCAUCACCCCCGUCACGCGGAUGUAACAGCUGUGUAACGUCCUAGUAAAAAGGUAUUUUUCAAGAGAACAUAAACACUCUCCUGCCAGUCA